ACUGUUCUUGCAUCCAGUGGUGGAUUGUACUGCCUCGGCGGAGGCUGUGAACGCAUUGACUCUGAUGACAACUCUCGCGUCUCCAUCACUUUCUUCCGACUGUUCCGGGUGAUGCGGCUGGUGAAGCUGCUGAGCCGGGGGGAAGGUGUCAGGACCCUCCUGUGGACCUUCAUCAAGUCUUUCCAGGCUCUGCCCUAUGUAGCCCUGCUGAUCGUGAUGCUUUUCUUCAUCUACGCUGUGAUCGGGAUGCAGAUGUUUGGGAAGAUCGCCAUGGUGGAUGGGACCCAGAUCAACCGAAACAACAACUUCCAAACCUUCCCACAAGCUGUGUUGCUGCUCUUCAGGUGUGCGACCGGCGAGGCCUGGCAGGAGAUCCUGCUGGGCUGCAGCUACGGCAAGCAGUGCGACCCCGAGUCAGACUUCGCCGAGGGCGAGGAGUUCACCUGUGGCACAGGCUUCGCCUACUUCUAUUUCAUCAGCUUCUACAUGCUCUGUGCGUUCCUGAUCAUUAACCUCUUUGUGGCCGUCAUCAUGGACAACUUUGACUACCUCACCCGCGACUGGUCCAUCCUUGGGCCCCAUCACCUGGACGAGUUCAAACGGAUCUGGGCUGAAUAUGACCCUGAGGCCAAGGGCAGAAUCAAGCACCUGGAUGUUGUGACUCUCCUGAGACGUAUCCAGCCUCCCCUGGGCUUUGGGAAGUUCUGCCCUCACCGUGUAGCUUGUAAGCGUCUGGUGUGCAUGAACAUGCCCCUUAACAGUGAUGGCACCGUCACCUUCAAUGCCACCCUCUUUGCGCUGGUGAGGACAGCCCUCAAGAUCAAGACAGAAGGUAACUUUGAGCAGGCCAAUGAGGAGCUCAGAGCCAUUAUCAAAAAAAUCUGGAAGCGAACGAGCAUGAAGCUUUUGGAACAGGUCAUCCCGCCUAUUGGAGAUGAUGAGGUGACAGUGGGCAAAUUCUAUGCUACUUUCCUCAUCCAAGAGCAUUUCAGGAAGUUCAUGAAGCGCCAGGAGGAGUAUUACGGGUACCGGCCCAAGAAGAACCCGGUGGAGAUCCAGGCCGGGCUGAGGAGCAUCGAAGAAGAAGCUGCUCCUGAAAUCCAUCGGGCCAUUUCUGGGGAUCUGACUGCUGAGGAGGAGCUGGAAAGAGCGAUGGUGGAGGCUGCCAUGGAGGAAGGGAUAUAUAGGAGGACAGGUGGCUUGUUUGGCCAAGUCGACAGCUUCCUGGAGCCCAGCAGCCCCCUGCAGCCCCAGGUGGCCAGCCAGAGGCCCCUGCAGUUCACAGAGGUGGGCAGCGAGGACCUCGAUUCCCCCGUCUUCCUCGAUGACUUGCCCCGGGAAGGCAACACCAACAUCAACAACGCCAACCGCAGUGCCUGGCUGGAGGGGAUGGAGUACGAGGAUGAGGUGCUGAGGAAGACAGUACCGGCAGCACCCCGGCGUCGAGCACGGGAGCACAACUGCUCCUUACCCACGGAGAGGCUGCAGCGGAGGCCAAGCAGGAGGCAAGAGGCCGCUUCGGGAGGUCGCCCAUCUUCAGGGCUGCACCCUGCCCCCCAGGAGGUAAAGGCG